CUUGAGCCUCUGACCUCGUUCAACAGAAGACCAAACCAGAAUAGUUCACCUUCUAACUCCGAGGCAUAGAUCCUUCAAGUUUUCUCCAGCUUUUAGCCAUGCAGCCAAGUGAGGUUACAGGACUCCAUUAUCUAGUGCCUUCCAGCCCAUCCCCAUAUUCAGCUAAUUUUAGCAUGUCUCAGAAUAACUCACAGAUGUUUCAAUUCACUAACCCAUCUUAUAAUUCCCAGAUCCCUGCGCAAGUUCAGGAAUUCAGUCUACAAGCAUCAUGUAUGAGCAGCAUCUCUACUUCUGAUGAAGCAGAUGAGCAACAACUCUCUCUUAUCAAUGAGCGAAAACAGAGAAGGAUGGUAUCUAAUAGAGAAUCUGCGCGCCGAUCACGCAUGCGCAAGCAGAAACACCUAGAUGAGCUCUGGUCACAGGUAGUUUGGUUCCGAAACGAAAAUCACCAGCUCCUAGAUAAGCUGAACCAUGUAUCAGAGUGUCAUGAUAGGGUGGUUCACGAGAAUGCUCAGCUCAAAGAGGAAACAUCUGAUCUACGUCAAAUGCUAACUGACAUGAAACUCAAUAGCCCUUAUCCUUCGUUGAAAGACCUGGAAGACAUCACCUGCGACACGGCUUACCUUGGAUCUGAGUCAUCAAACCAAUCUAUUACAAGUUCUUCAGAUUUGCUAGGCUAAGAUGGACGCAACAUAUUUAUUUUACUUUUUCUUUCGUUUUUGGUUCUUCUGUUUGUGGAAGCAACCAAUCCUAGCCCCAGUUUUAGCUGUUCGAGAUUGAGCAAUAGUGGAACAACAUGAUUGAAGCAUAUAUUUAAAUUACUGAACAAUCAUGAUGCUACACAGUCAUGUUCGGAUAUUCUUAAGUUUUUCACCUCAUCACAUGCGAACACCAGACCAAACUAGUUUGGACUGUGGAUUUAAAGUUUUUUCUGUAUGUCCUGAUGUGUUGCGAGAUUAUGUGAUGGAUAAUUAAAAACAGCCAUUUUAAAUCUA